AGGUCGGAGGAAAACCUCUCCUCUAGUACGUGAAUGAUAUGCAGAUUACUUAACAAUAACAUGGAGUCUGGGAUGGUAAGCCGACUGCUAGGUCUACGUGUACAACUAGCACCUACAUAGAUGAUUGUUGCAAAAAUUUUCAGCGGCCACGGACGUUUUUGACCUGAUUUCAUCUCCAAAUUUUUAACGCUCCGUCGACUGAUGUGUAUUAUUCAAUAUUAUCACUGCGGUUCCACUUGUUUGACUUGUAUCGUACUUAGAUGAGUACUUUUCGAUUCCAUAGUGCUGCUCCUCACAUCGUUAACAGUACUUCCUCUUGAAGAUACUUACUACUAGUAUAAAAUGGCGUCGUCCAAGCGUGAUCCGACUCGACAGAGUCUGAAGCAGUUUUUUGAGAAGUAUGGAGAGAAGACCGAUUUAUAUGCGGUGCUGGAGUUGGAUGCCAGCGAGGGUGCCGCGGCCUGCCGUCCUGGUGCGCCGGCUGAGGCCGCGGCAGCCUUGGAGAAGAAAAUCUCAAAGGCGUACAAGAAACUCUCCUUGGUUUAUCAUCCGGAUAAACAGGCGGACAAGGAUUCGAGCAUGUUCGUGAAAAUCAAGGAAGUCUGCGACCUGCUGCUGGACCCGGCGGUGCGAGAGGAGAUUCACCGAGAGGAACUAAAGCGAAAGGCACAACGCGAGUUGCUCGAGAAGCAGAGCGGAGAGCGUGCGCGCCUGGCCAAAGAGCUAGAAAAGCGGGAGCGCGAGGCGGAAGCGAGAAGACAGGAGGCAGCUGAGCAGUCCAUGUUCUUUAAUGCUGCAGCCGCAGGAAUGGGCAGAGUGUCUGCCAAACCCGGAAGAGACCCCUCUUCUCAGAUGGGAGGCAGCACGUCGAGUAGCAGCGUCACGAAACUUAGCGCAGAGCUCAGCAAAAUACGCGCCGCGAAUCGCGCGUACAUCGAGCGCAAGAAUGAGGAGCGCAGACGCUUUCUUAGGGACGACCUGGAUGUACGAGUGAAGAAAGAAACGGUGAAACUCCGGGACGCGCGAGUCAUCAUACAUGUGAAACGAGCUGGCGACCUGGUGACGAGUUCUAGAUCGAGUUUAAGAACUCCAGCCUCAGGAAGCGACCUGUUGACAAACGCAAAUAAGCGACAAGUGAUCUCACGCAUCCAGCAAGAUUUCGAGCAACUAGUAAGGGAUCGCAAAAUAAGUGGCUUCGAGGGAACGGUGUUUCUCUUCAAUGACGAGCAGGAUGUAGCCGAUGGUGUUUCAUCUGCCGGUGUAGCGUCAACGACGGUCUCUUCUAGCAAAAGCGCUGCUGGCGACCAAAAACAAAUCACGACUUUCUGCGAUUUGCAAUUUGAGUCAAGAGAUAAGGCGCGCCAGUGUGUAGAGUUUCUCCUUACGGAAAAAGCGACGAACAAGAAAUUCCCCUUCUCGUGGAUAGGUAAAAAGCUACCUCGACUCUGCGAUCCAGGUCCUGAGCUCAAGGCGAACGACCUUGAGAAAGCAGCAAAACGAAGGCGGCUUUUCCCAAGAAAUAUCGCACUAUCUGCACAAGGAGACGCGUUUAUACAAGCCGGAGAGCGUGAUGUGCGGUACUCAAGUUUCUUCGAGAUGGAAAAGGACGUACUCGCGAGAAUAGAAAAGGUGAUUGCCUAACCGCACCAACAGUACCAUCGGUGCCUUCUGCCACCCACGAACACGACUAUGCUGUUUCAGGCCGAUUCCUCAGCUCCAACCCGACUUUAAAUUUUUUCCAAGUCGUGAUUUGUUUAUAGUUCUCUCUAUUUAGUAGAGAAUCACUCUGAAGCAGAACCACCUGC